AUGACAGGCUACAUGACAAGCUACAUGACAGGUUACAUGACAGGUUACAUGACAUGUUACAUGACAGACUACAUGACAGGUUACAUGACAGGCUACAUGACGGACUACAUGACAGGCUACAUGACAGACUACAUGACAGGUUACAUGACAGGCUACAUGGCAGUCUACAUGCCAGGUUACAUGACAAGCUACAUUACAGACUACAUGCCGGGCUACAUGACAGACUACAUGACAAGUUACAUGACAGGCUACAUGGCAGUCUACAUGACAGGUUACAUGACAGGCUACAUGACAUGCUACAUGACAGGUUACAUGACAGACUACAUGGCAUGUUACAUGACAGACUACAUGACAGGUUCAAUGACAGGCUACAUGACAUACUACAUGACAGGCUACAUGACAGACUACAUGACAGGCUACAUGACAGGCUACAUGACAGGUUACAUGACAGGUUACAUGACAGGUUACAUGACAUGUUACAUGACAGGCUACAUGACAUGCUAA